GAAAUUAAAUGAUGCCGCAGCCUCAGUAUGACUACUUCAAACACUCGACCGGUCAUUCAUACGAUCUCUAUAUAAGCAAGCAUCCCUCGUUUGCUUGAGGGUAUGUAAGAACAGCAGCAACGAUGGCUGGAAACGAGCAUGUUGGAGUUUGCUACGGGUUGGUGGGCAACGAUCUGCCAUCCCCACAAGACGCAAUCAGACUGAUCCAGUCCCGGGGCAUUAGAAAGGUGAGGCUGUAUGAUCCGGACGCCGGCGUCCUCAAUGCUCUGAGGAAUACAGGCAUCCAAGUCAACGUGGGCGUGAAUAACGGCGACCUGAAAAGGCUCGCCGAGGAUCUCGGCUUCGCCUACGGAUGGGUCGGGCAGCACAUCCAGGCCUACCUCCCGGAGGUUGACUUCCGGUACAUCACCGUCGGCAACGAAGUCUUCGGCACCGCUGCUGAAGUGCAUGCCCAAUACGUCGGUCCGGCCAUGGGGCACGUGUACGACGUGAUAUGCUCGGUGGGUUUGCAGGGCAAGAUCAUGGUGACCACCGCCGUCCACAUGGCGGUGAUGGGCACAUCCUACCCUCCCUCAGCCGGUUCCUUUUCCGACAGAGCCGGUCCCUUCAUGCGUCCCGUCGUCAAGUUCAUCGUCGACACCGGCGCGCCUCUCAUGCUGAACGUCUAUCCCUACUUCGCCUACAAGGACAUGCGACAGAACCUUCCCUACGCCCUCUUCACCGCCAACUCUGACGUGGUGUACGACGGGCAACUGAGGUACAGGAACCUGUUCGACGCCAUGGUCGACUCCGUCUACUCCGCCUUGGAAAGGUAUGGUGCCGGCCAAGUCCGCAUCGUGGUUUCGGAAAGCGGCUGGCCGUCCGGUGGGGAGAACGAUGGCUUCUCGACCAUCGAGAACGCCCGUACCUACAACCAGAACCUGGUGAGGCAUGUGGCACAAGGGACGCCCAAGAGGUCAGGGACGCCCAUCGAGACGUACAUUUUUGCCCUGUUCAAUGAGAACCAGAAGACUCCACAGGGCACUGAGAAUCACUUUGGCCUCUUCUAUCCCAACAUGGCUCCUGUCUACCCCAUCGACUUCUCUUAGGCCCUACCUACCUCCUCCAACAGCAUUUCAUCGAAUAAGGAACAUGUUUUGCCAUAUAUGUAAUAAUAUAGGCAAGUGAGUGUUUGUCUCCUUGUCCUCCCCUAUUUACUUGUUGAUAAGGUGCAUGGUUCUGUACAAUAAGCCAGUCGUUAGUUACUUGUGUUUGUAGGACUGGCAACUGGGUUGGUGUUUGAUUUUUCAGUCUCAAUGUUGUCAAUCUUUUUUCUCCCUUUCAGUGAAUGGCCUGUGAAGUGCAACUUCAAGAGGGCGUUUGAUAAGAUGAAUAUUGUGGUUUUGGAACACUUAUUCUUAAAUCAUCCUGUGGACUGAAAAUACAG